GAAGGACAAAAGCAAGGGAGCAGAAAAAAAUGGAAGUUCAGAGGUGAGGGAUUGAGUGCAUGUCUAUCAAAUGCCAACCGGAUUGAAUCUCCAACAUGAUUCGACGGGGCGGCACUUGCCUUGUGGAUUGUGUUGCUAGGAGAAUGAGAAAGACUGACAGGCCUAAUGGAUGAUGGUUCCUCAGAGCAUGCUCCUCGUGUUCAGCUCAGGGACGAGUCGACCAGUCCUGUCCUCUGGCGCUGCAUGCAAGCGUCUUUCAGCUUAUCGGAACCGCUUCAUGAAAGAAGCAAAAAAUGAAUGUGGGUGGAGAGGACACAGGAAGAGAGAUAACACAAUAAUAAUAACUAGGACAAGGUUUGACAAAGGAGGGGAAAACAAAUGGUGUGAGAGUAACGCCACUGGCGCAAGCUCAACGACGCGCCUAGAGAAGAUACUUGGUACCUUGAACUGCGGAACCCUGUAGGUACUGUACAUUAACGCAUUGUUAGCACUGAUAGGCCCUUUAAU